AUGGCCAGCAAGAGCGAAACGGCUCUUCGACCAGCCUUGAGGACAUCCUAUCAGGCUCUUCUGCUUCGAAGCGCGCCAGACCAUUCAGCAUUCCUCCAAUUGCGAGCCACUCCAUGGCUAUACGGAUCAUGGCGUGCAAAAAAUGUGCUCUUCAUCAACGAGACCGCUGCCAAUGCUAUCGACUUUGACAAACCAUACAUCCGACAGACCUACCCAAGUCGUCCUCAGCAACAACUCGCUUCUCAAGUAUUGACACUGGACGACGACGCAGAUGACAACUGCUCAUUCCUAAAUUUUGGCACCAUGUUACUCGAGAUCUUUUUUCGAGAGCCCAUCGACUCACGACGCUUGCAAGCAGACUCGGGACCAAGUCAGAGCUUUUCGGAUCUUCGGACAGUCCGACGCUGGGUGCAGCAAGACAAGGAAGAAAUGCCAAUAUGCUUCGACAAAGCAGUAUCUUUUUGUAUCGGCUGUUUUGCAAGCACACAUGUUGAUCUGCAGGAUAAAUUGUUCAGACAGACAGUGGUAGAUCAGGUUAUUGUCCCACUGAAAGACAAGCUCAAGAUGUGGAAUGCUUGA